AUGGACCCAUCCUCGAUCUCUUCACCUUCAACUCCGGCUCCCAACGCCGUCCCCUUCGCCGUUGAACCAAACAACCACCUUCCAUCUCCGUCGUUAAACCACCCUCCCUACGCUGAGAUGAUUUACACUGCUAUCGAAGCUUUGAAGGAGAAGAACGGUUCAAGCAAAAGGGCAAUAUCGAAAUACAUAGAGCAAGUUUACAGUCACCAGCUUCCACCGCCGGAAUCACACUCCAACUUGUUGACUCAUCACUUGAAGCGUUUGAAAUCCGAUGGAUUACUUCAAACCAUCAAGAAUUCCUAUAUUAUCCCUAGAUCUGCUCCUCCACAUGCUGCAACUGAACCACCGUCAACCGCAGCCGCUUCACCGUCUCAGCCUUCAAAACCCCGCGGCCGACCAAGAAAAUCCGUAACCCCAACCCCAGCUCAAGCCCAGAAUAACUUUACUCCUCAGCCGCUUCCUGUUGUUGUUGCUAAUAAUGACAACAAUAACUCUCCGUUGCAGAAUGCUGAGCCUGUUUGGGCUGCGCUUGGCCUUUCUGAUGAGCCGUUGGAUGUUCAAGCUGCUGCUACUCCGGCUGAGGGGAGUAAGAGACGUCCUGGACGUCCUCCUGGUUCGAAGAAUGUGUCGAAGAAUGCAACGGCCCCAAGCCCUAGCCCUAGCCAAAACCCGACUCCGAUUGAAGGACAGGUUCCACCCUCUCCGGCCUCUCGCGGAAGAGGACGUCCUCCAGGUUCUAAAUCUAAAUCGAAGAAGAAACCUGGACGUCCUCCGAAGGUUAAGACUGAUUCUCCAACUCCAGCUGCUGCGGCUUCUGAUGGGACUAAGAGACGCCCUGGUCGUCCCCCGAAGAAUCAGCAGCAGGAUCCGACUCCGAUACCGUUUGCUACUGAAGUGUCUACCGAAACGCCUCAAGUUGUUGUUCCUGAAGUGACGGUUCCUGUUGCUGCUGUGGAAGGUGGGACUGUUUUGACUCCGAGAUCUAGAGGACGGCCUAGGAAGAAUCCUGCUGUUGCUGCUGUUCCUGCUGUUCCGGUUUCUGUGGUUGCUGGUGAAGGCAGAGGACGUGGCCGCGGGCGAGGUCGUGGAAGAAGAGGACGCGGUGGCCGUAUAGGAAAUGCAUUUAGAGGGAUUACUCUGCGGGCUCCAGGAAAAAGGCCUGUGGGUCGUCCAAAGAAGGGAACAACACCUGCUACUGCUAGUGGUUCACAAAAUGCUGCUAAUGAAGUUGAUCUCAGAAGGAAACUUGAACACUUUCAAGGAAAAAUCAAGGAAUCUCUUGCAGUAAUCAAACCACAUUUUGACCAUCAAAGUCCAGUCACUGCACUUGCGGCAAUUCAAGAGUUAGAAAUUCUCGGAGCCAUGGAUCUUAGUGAACCACUAAAGGAUGAACCACAUCCAUUGCAGCCAAAUGCACCAGCACAAGAUCAGCCACUACAAGCGGUGGCACAGCCUCAGGAAUAUUUUAUCAUGGUCUUUGGAUUUGAUUAUGAACAACUUUGUACAAAUAUAUACACCAUUGAAUUCCAAAAGCGGGGUUUACCACACGCCCAUAUACUAUUAUUCUUGCAUCCUUCAAGCAAGUAUCCGACUCCAGAUGAUAUAAACAAGAUCAUUUCAGCAGAGAUACCAACGGAAGAAGAUGAUAGGCAACUCUACCAUUUGGUCAAGACACAUAUGAUUCAUGGCCCAUGUGGUUUAGCAAAUGCGAAUUCAACUUGCAUGAAAAAUGGAAAGUGCUCAAAAUACUUUCCAAAGAAAUAUCAAACCGAAACCAUUGUUGAUCAGGAUGGAUAUCCCGUGUACCGAAGAAGAGAAACUGGUAAUACAGUGCUGAAAAAACACGUUCAACUUGAUAACAGAUAUGUAGUUCCUUACAAUCCAUAUUUGUUGAAGAAAUUCCAAGCACACAUCAAUAUGGAGUGGUGUAAUCAAAGUACUUCGGUUAAAUACUUAUUUAAGUAUAUUAACAAGGGGUAUGAUAGAAUUACUGCUGCUGUUGUCCAAACUGACGGUGAUGGAUCUCCCUCGGUCAGAAUGGUUGACGAAAUCAAGCAAUAUCUUGAUUGCAGAUAUAUCUCACCAAGUGAGACAUGUUGGAGACUUUUUUCAUUUCCUAUUCAUGGUAGAUCACCCACAGUUGAAAGGUUGUUCUUUCAUCUUGAAGGAGAUAACUCUGUUUAUUAUACCGAUUAUGAAUUGAUAGAUGAGGUGCUUGACAAACCAACUGUGAAAGAAUCUAUGUUUACGGCAUGGAUGGAAGCAAACAAAGCAUACCCAGAGGCAAAAAAUUUGACGUACUCACAAUUUCUUUCCAAAUUUGUUUAUGAUAAAAGAUACCGUCGAUGGAGACCGCGUAAAAGAGGAAAUACAAUUGGCAGACUUAUUUGGGUCCCUCCAAGUACGGGUGAGUUAUAUUUCUUGAGAAUGAUGCUAACAGUCGUCAAAGGUCCAACUUACUACGAGGAUAUAAAAUUUGUGGGUGGAAAAGUUCAGGAUUCUUUUAGGGAUGCAUGCUUCGAAAUGGGCUUUCUUAACGAUGACAAGGAAUAUGUUGCAGCCAUCGACGAAGCAAAGAAUUGGGGUUCCGGGCAUUUUUUACGAAAGUUAUUUGUCACUAUGUUACUAUCCGGUACUGUCAAUAGACCACGACAUGUUUGGGAAAAAACUUGGAGGACGUUAUCUGAUGGUAUCCUCUACCAACAAAGGCAAAAAACAAAUAGAAGAGAAUUGCAGCUAUCGGACAAUGAGUUAAAGAAUCUCACACUAAUUGAGAUUGAGAACAUGAUGCAAUCGAAUCGAAGAAGUUUGCAUGAAUUUAAAUGUAUGCCGUAUCCAGAUUCAUACAUCACAAAACAUGUUGGCAAUAGGCUUAUUUAUGACGAACUUAAUUACGAUGCCGAUACCGAGAAACAGAAAUUCCAAGAACUUUUUCAUGCCCUUACAGAUGAACAACAUUUGAUAUUUGAGAAAAUCAUGGAUGCUGUUAACAAACAGAGUGGAGGGGUAUUUUUCUUACAUGGUUACGGAGGGACUGGUAAAACUUUCAUGUGGAGAACACUAUCAAGUGCACUUCGUUCUCAAAAAAAAAUUGUUCUUACUGUUGCUUCAAGUGGGAUAGCUUCGUUAUUAUUGCCGGGUGGAAGAACAACACACUCAAAGUUCAAAAUACCUGUGCCAACGCUUGACAACUCAACUUGCAACAUCGACAAAGACACCGAACAUUCUCAAUUAUUUGAAGCAACGGAUGUGAUAAUAUGGGAUGAGGCACCUAUGUCUCACAAGAACUGCUUCGAAGCAUUGGAUAAAACCCUUAAAGAUGUAAUGAGCAAAAAGGGUGUUGAGAAUACUAUUUUUGGUGGAAAAGUUGUUGUAUUUGGAGGAGAUUUUAGACAGAUUCUUCCUGUUGUUCCAAGAGUUGGGCGUUCUGAUAUUGUUCAUGCAUCAAUUAGUUCAUCUUAUGUAUGGGAUUAUUGCCAGAUUUGUGAACCCAAUGAUGGUUUGGUUGAUAUUGAAAUUCCUCAAGAGCUAUUAAUAUCAAAUUUUGAUGAUCCUAUAAGAGCAAUUGUUGAAAACACAUAUGCCAAUUUGUUGGAAAAAUAUCAAGAUGUUGAAUUCUUACAAGGAAAGGCUAUUCUUGCUUCAACCAUUGAAGUUGUGGACAAAAUCAAUCAUUAUAUAUUAGACUUGAUACCAGGAGAAGAGAAAGAGUAUUUGAGUUUUGAUUCCAUUGAUAGAACAGAUUCAAGUUAUACUGAAGCAUAUGAAGUUCUAACUCCUGAAUUUCUCAGUAAAUUAAGAACGUCAGGGCUUCCCAAUCAUAUGAUCAAAUUGAAGGUUGGUACACCUAUUAUGCUAAUGAGAAAUUUGGACCAAGCCGAUGGGUUGUGCAACGAAACAAGAUUAAUUGUUUCAAGAUUUGCAAAUCAUGUAAUUGAGGCAAAAAUCAUGUCUGGAAAGAACAUAGGUAACAUUUUUUACAUUCCACGAAUGUCUAUGUCACCUUCUGAUUCACCUUGGCCAUUCAAGUUGAUUAGGAGACAAUUUCCGAUUAUUGUCUCCUAUGCAAUGACAAUUAAUAAGUCACAAGAUCAAUCUCUUGAUAGUGUUGGAUUGUAUUUGCCUACUCCUGUGUUUAGUCAUGGUCAAUUAUAUGUUGCAAUUUUAAGAGUUAAGAGCAAAAGUGGGCUAAAAAUCCUAAUUCAUGACAAGGAGAAUGUACCGUGUUCUACUACUACUAAUGUUGUGUACAAGGAAGUCUUUCAAGCACUUUGA